AUGAUCACCAAGGUUCUGGAAGUAGAUAAUCAUACAGUGACAAUGUAUUUCAUUCUUCUGGGAUUUCCAACAAGACCAGCCUUCCAGCUUCUCCUCUUCUUUGUUUUCCUGGCAACCUACCUGCUCACACUGCUAGAGAACCUCCUCAUUAUCCUAGCCAUUCGCAGUGAUGGGCAGCUGCACAAGCCUAUGUACUUCUUUCUGAGCCACCUUUCUUUCCUGGAGAUGUGGUAUGUCACCGUCAUUAGCCCCAAGAUGCUGGUAGACUUCCUCAGCCAAGACAAGAGCAUUUCCUUCAAUGGCUGUAUGACCCAACUUUAUUUCUUUGUGACCUUUGUCUGCACUGAGUAUAUCCUCCUUGCUGCCAUGGCCUUUGACCACUAUGUAUCCAUAUGCAAUCCACGACGCUAUCCAGUCAUCAUGACCAGCCAGCUCUGUGGUACACUGGCUGGGGGAUGCAGGUUCUGUGGACUCAUGACUGCCAUGAUUAAGAUGAUUUUUAUAGCCCGACUCCACUACUGUGGCUUGCCUCAGAUCAAUCACUACUUUUGUGAUAUCUCUCCACUCCUCAAUGUCUCCUGUGAGGACUCUUCACAGGCUGAGCUGGUGGACUUCUUCUUGGCCCUCUUGGUCACCGCUAUUCCCCUUUGCAUAGUGGUGGCAUCUUAUGCCAUCAUCCUCACUACCAUCCUCAAAAUCCCAUCUGCUCAGGGUUGCCAAAAGGCAUUCUCCACCUGUGCCUCUCACCUGACAGUUGUAGUACUCUUCUAUUCCACAACCCUUUUUACCUAUGCCCGCCCCAAGCUCAUGUAUGCCUACAAUGCCAACAAGGUGGUAUCUGUUCUCUACACUGUCAUCAUUCCACUUCUCAACCCCAUCAUUUACUCUCUGAGGAACCGGGAAGUAAAGGCAGCCCUUAAAAAGACCAUACUUUGCAGAGGAAGUGGACCCCAGGGAGAUGGGACGUUUAGUAGUUAA